GUAGGAAUCCGUUUCAUCUCCCCUGCAAAAUAUAACCAAAAUGUCGGACCUAAAAACCCAAACACAGACCCGCUUUAUUCCACCUCACGCGCCGAAACCCGAUACUUAACGCGCCACCUCACGCGCCGCCCCUACCCUUCCCCUUCCUUGCAAUCACAACUAAAUAACUUCCUCAAUCCAAAAACCUGUUCAGAUGAUGGAAUCACCUAACAGUUCCACCGUACAAGUCAACUCGACGAAUAAAUCGAACAACUCAUCGGAUCUCGAUCACUCGGAUCCGAAUCCAAAACCGAAAGUUGUUAUCGCUUCCGUUGAAACGGGCAAUGCUGACGUCACUGACGAUCGGUUUUCGUCAACAACGCCGGCGGUUAACUCGCCGGCUAAUCGAUCGAAGAAGUCGGUGCGGUGGAGUGAGGAUUUGGUGGAGGAACGGACGUUGCCGCCGUUAGAGAAGAGUGAUGAUGAUUACGGAUCGUCGAAUCGUUACGUUAAUCGUUCUCGUGAAUCGAGUGAUUCUCCUGCAUUUAAUAUGAACAAUUCUAUGGCAAAUGUUAAAGAUACGUUUGGUAGAUGGAGAAAGAAGGUUGGAGAAGCUACGAAAAAAGCUGAAGAUCUUGCGGGAAAUACGUGGCAACAUUUGAAAACGGCUCCUAGUCUCACGGAUGGUGCUUUGGGAAGAAUUGCACAGGGAACUAAAAUUCUAGCAGAAGGAGGUUACGAGAAGGUUUUCAGACAAACAUUUGAGACAGUUCCUGAAGAGCUACUUGUAAAUUCAUAUGCAUGCUACCUGUCAACUUCAGCAGGUCCCGUGUUGGGGGUUAUAUAUGUAUCUACAGCUAAGCUUGCAUUUUGUAGUGACAAUCCAUUGUCAUAUAAAACUAAUGACAAGACUGAGUGGAGCUAUUAUAAGGUGAUCAUACCAUUACAGCAGCUGAAAGCAGUUAACCCUUCUUUUAGUAGAGCAAAGUCUGGUGAGAAAUACAUUCAGGUGAUAUCCGUUGACGGCCAUGAAUUUUGGUACAUGGGUUUUCUAAACUACGAUGGUGCCGUCAAGUGUCUACAGGAUGCCCUGCAAACACGCAUUACAUCUUCCAUUGUGUGAAUUCGGUUUUAUUAUGUGAAAGAUGCUUCUUGAUAUCUUCGACGGGUGCUUAAAAGCUUUUUCCCGAUGAAAGAUAUUUGAGGUAUAAAAUUGUUGUAAACGCUCUCAUUUAUGGUGUAGAAAUGAUGCACAUUCGGUUUUUGCAUACAGUUCAGUUGCUUUGUAAUUUUAUUUCUAUUUAUAUUUGGACAUGUUAAUUUAAGGAAUAAUGGAUUUUAAUAAUCCCAACUGUUGCUCGUUGGCCGGCAACGGUCCCAACUUCAAAAUUUCUCACUGGCAGUCCCAUCUUUUCACAUAUUGGCCUUCAAUGGACCCCGACGAACAGAGCCCUAACACCGUUAGUCUUCGGUCGUCGGAAAAACGUUUUUGGCCGGAAAAAGGUUUCAAAAGGUCCGAUCUAUGGUUACAAACAGGUUUGGGACGAUAACUUUGAGUUUCCCGGCCAAAAGUUGAGUUUUCUGGCCAAAAAUAAGUUUUCCGGCGAUAAAAGAGUUUUUCCAGCGACCUCAAUAAUUGGGCUUUUACUAGAAAAAAGGUUACUAAAGGUCCGUAAUAAGGUUACAAAGAGGUUUGUGACAAAAAGGUCAAGUUUUCCGGCCAAAAACGUUUUUCCGGCGACCGGAUACUAACCGCGUGAGGGUUCUAUUAGUCAGGUCCAUUGGAGGCCAAUAUGUUAAUAGACGGGACUACCAGUGGGAAUUUUUGAAGUUGGGACCGUUGCCGGCCAAAGGGCAAUAGUUGGGAUUAUUAAAAUCCGUUAUUCCUUAAUUUAAUAAUUUGUAAUUCAUGCUGUGUUGAGAACUAUUGAAUUUUGGAGUUUUGAA